AUGGAUGUUCUCCGGCACAUGCUCGCAAGGGACGUGCCCCAGACCGACGACCCCGCGAAGGUGUUGUUGGGGCUAUUGUCGGAUCCCUUCUCAUCACAAGCUAAGUUCCAACAAAAUGCAGUGUUUGCUGCCUUGGCUUCCUCGCUGGGUAUCACUGCCGCCAUCGCAGUUUGCUUCUCCUUCCUCCGGCCGUACAAUAGCGUCGUAUACGCCCCCAAACUAAAGCAUGCCGACGAGAAACAUGCGCCCCCACCAUUGGGGAAAGGGGUCCUGGCGUGGGUCUUCCCGCUCUGGUCCACCUCAGAGGCUGACGUCGUCAACUUGGUCGGCAUGGACGCCGCCGUCUUCAUGCGCUUCACGAGAAUGUGCCGCAACAUCUUCCUCGCCCUCUCCCUCUUCGGCUGUGCCAUCUUGAUCCCCGUCAACUGGAACAACUUCGUUGGGAAAGAUGCGCCGUGGUUGACUAGGAUUACACCCGCGGACGUCUGGGGCCCGGCGCAUUGGGCCACCGUAACGUUUGCUUGGUUGUCGACGAUUGUGGUGUGCGGUUUUCUUUGGUGGAAUUAUAAGAAGGUUCUGCUGCUUAGGCGUACAUACAUGCAGAGCGAAGAGUAUCAACACAGCCUUCACGCUCGCACACUAAUGAACUUUACAUCCGAUGAAGGCAUCGCGAGGAUUAUUGAUACCGUCGCCCCGAAUUCGUCGUUUGCCAGGACUGCGGUUGCUCGUGACGUCAAGAUCCUACCCGACCUCAUCCAACAGCACGAGAAGGCCGUACGGAAACUCGAAAAAGUGCUUGCCAUCUACCUCAAGGAUCCCAACAACCUUCCCACCGAACGGCCCAAGUGCUCUCCCUCGAAGAGGGAUCCCUCUUUCGGGACCUACCCGAAAGGGCAGAAGGUUGACGCCAUUGAGUAUCUCACGCAGCGCAUCAAGGUUUUGGAGUUGGAGAUCAAGGAUGUCCGCCAGCGGGUGGACAAGAGGGGCUCGAUGCCAUAUGGGUUUUCCUCCUACGCCGAUAUCUCCGAGGCGCACUCCAUCGGCUACACAUGCCGCAGCAAGAAGCCCCACGGCGCUACUGUCAAGCUGGCCCCUCGGCCGAACGACAUUAUUUGGGAUAAUAUGCCUCUCAACUCUGCGACUCGCGGCAGGAGACGACUGUGGAACAACCUUUGGAUCGCCGUCCUGACCCUGCUGUGGAUCGCCCCCAACGCCAUGAUCGCCAUCUUCCUCGUCAACUUGAAGAACUUGGGGCAGGUGUGGCAUGCCUUCGGCGAUUCCUUGGAGCAGAGCCCUGCGUUCUGGUCCAUUGUCCAAGGUAUUGCUUCGCCGGCCCUUAUGUCGCUCGUGUAUCUGGUUCUUCCCAUCCUCUUCCGCCGUAUGUCCAUCAGGGCUGGAGACCAAACCAAGACCGGGCGGGAGCGUCACGUCGUGGCGAAGCUGUAUACUUUCUUCGUCUUCAACAACCUCGUCGUCUUCUCGAUUUUCAGCGCCCUGUGGACCUUCAUCUCCCACGUUGUGAAGGAGACCGAGAACGGCACGGAUGCCUGGGAGGCUUUCGUCGACGCCGACAUUGGUCAGAACUUGUUCAUUUCCCUCUGCACCGUUUCGCCUUUCUGGGUCACCUGGCUACUCCAGAGACAGCUUGGUGCGGCCGUCGACCUAGCACAGCUGUGGACCCUCCUCACAAGUUUCUUCAUGCGCAAGUUCUCGAGCCCGACACCUCGCGAGCUAAUCGAGCUCACGGCUCCGCCCCCCUUCGACUACGCGAGUUACUACAACUACUUUUUGUUCUACUCGACCGUCGCCAUCUGCUACGCUGCCAUUCAGCCGCUCGUCUUGCCAGCCGCCGCUCUGUACUUUUGCAUCGACGUGGGGUUGAAGAAAUACCUGCUGCUCUACGUCUUUGUCACCAAGACGGAGAGCGGCGGUAUGUUCUGGCGCAUACUGUUCAACCGCUUCCUCUUUGGGUCCAUGCUGUCGCAUUUGGUCGUGUUCCUGACCUGCUGGGUGCGUGGCGACGGGACGCACGUUCAUGCGUACGCCGUAGCCCCCCUUCCAUUCCUCAUGCUCGCGUUCAAGUUCUACUGCACACGGGCAUUUGACGACAAGAUGCAUUUCUACACCACACGCUACACUGCGCAGCAGCAAGCUGAGGCCGGGUUCGAUCUGAAGGAGCAGGGCGCGCGUAACGACCGGCUCGCUUCUCGGUUCGGCCACCCGGCCCUCUACAGGCCGCUUAUCACGCCCAUGGUCCACGCCAAGGCACAAAACCUACUUGCCAGUGUCUACCAAGGCCGGCUCAGCGACGGGCGGGAUGCUGGCUACGACGAUUCCAUGACAGUUAGCGGGUACAGCGAUACAUAUGUCCUGGACAACAUGGCGUCUGGGAAGGCCGGCAAACCCUCGGCCGGCAUGCCCGGAUUCGAAGUGGUCCCCGAAUCGCGCCUCGAUUUUGAGUUCUACAAGAACCGUGACGAAUUUGCCGCUGAGCACGGUGGAGGCGAUCUCUUCGGCCGCAACCCCGACAUCAUCCGCCCUGGCACUCCUGGCUCCAUCGGCAGCGACCCCUACUCACGGCCUGGGACACCUCAAGGCGGGAUGGGCUUUGGUGCGGGGGCCGGUUCCGCUAACCGACGGCCCUUCUCGCAGUUCCAAGACGCCACAGCUUACCACGGCAACACACCGCCUUCCACGGCCGGCGCAGGCAGUGCCUACCCUGGGCAACCCGUGUUCACGCCCGACCCGGUCACGAUCCGCUCACGCAGCCCCAUGUAUGCCCACGCCAACGACAGCGGCUCGAACCUUGUUGCUAGCGCCGCCGGUAUGCCUGUCUCCACGCCCGGACUCCCACCCACGCCUAGCACGUAUGGGUCAUACCGGGAACGAAGCCCCGUCAGUGGCGGCGGCGGCAGCAUCAGCCUUCGCGCCCCGGGCUUGUUGGGCGGUGGGCCGCAAGGCUACGGCGGGCUGCCACAGACGGAUGAGAUGGAUAUUGUGCAGUCACCGUUGAUCGUCCCGACUUUAUCCGGGACAGGGCCUGGUACACCGCAAAGUCCGGCGCCGCAAUAUGAUUAUUUCCGGGGUGGGACGAGGGGUGCGGCAGAUCGGAGCGGGACGCCUGGGGCGGCUACGAGGGGAGCUGGGGUAGGGAGUGGGAGAGGGAGUCAGAUCUGGGGAGGGAACUAG